UAGAAAGACUGAGUCUCUCCCAGGACAGCUGCUGCGGUCACACCACAAACUUAAAAGCCGCCCUCCUGCUUGGAGCGUGCCUUUCCUUGCCACCCUCGCGUCGCCAAAACUCCAGCUGGUGCCUCACUCUCUGCCUGUCCCGGCAAGGCGCUCAGGGGCAGCAGCGCCCCCUGCCUCCCCGCCUGGCCUCUGCGGCCGCUGCCUCCGCGCUCUGCCAGGGCCGCCGGCGGCUCAGCGGCUCAGCCUGGGCUAAGGCGUAGAGGAACUCGUGUUCAUGUCUCAGGUCGCGGCGUCGCUCGCCCUCAUUCUGCGACCCUUUCCCCUCUCCUGAAAAGGCUUCAGAAAAGGAGAAAAGGCGAGCAGAGUUCACAGCAGGCAUUCACAGUAGAACUAUAUAUUGGCUCUCAAGUCUUCAGAUUUGGACUGGAACUACAACAUCUGCUCUCCUGUGUUGCAGGCCUUUGUACAAAGACUGGAAUCACACUACUGGCUCUCCUGGAUCUCCAACUGGGCAACUGCAGAUCUUGGGAUUCUCAUCAGUCUCCAUCAUCAUAGUUCACUAGUACUGAAAGAGAACAUUGUUUUCGUCAUGGAUGCCAAUAAAGAUGAAAGAACAAAGUCCAGAAGCCACAGUUUUUACCUUUUUCAGGCUUUGAUGAUGCUAAGCAUGACCGUGCUAUUUCUGCCAGUCAUUGGAACUUCUAAACAAAAUAUUCCACGACUCAAGCUAAGCUACAAAGAUUUGCUGCUUUCAAAUAGUUGCAUUCCCUUUUUGGGUUCAUCAGAAGGGCUGGAUUUCCAGACGAUUCUAUUAGAUGAGGAGAGGGGCAGGCUGCUCCUGGGAGCCAAGGACCACAUCUUCCUGCUCAGUCUGGUUGACUUAAACAAAAAUUUUAAGAAGAUUUAUUGGCCUGCUACAAAGGAGAGAGUGGAAUUAUGUAAAUUAGCUGGGAAGGAUGCCAAUACAGAAUGUGCAAAUUUCAUCCGAGUACUUCAACCCUACAACAAGACACACAUUUAUGUGUGUGGAACUGGAGCAUUUCAUCCAGUGUGUGGAUAUAUUGAUCUUGGAGCCUACAAGGAGGAAGUCAUAUUCAAACUGGACACACAUAAUUUGGAGUCUGGCAGACUUAAAUGUCCUUUUGAUCCUCAGCAGCCUUUUGCUUCAGUAAUGACAGAUGAGUACCUCUAUUCUGGAACAGCAUCUGAUUUCCUUGGCAAAGACACUGCAUUCACACGGUCCCUGGGGCCCACUCACGACCACCAUUACAUCAGAACUGACAUUUCCGAGCACUACUGGCUCAAUGGAGCCAAAUUUAUUGGAACUUUCCCCAUACCAGACACCUACAAUCCAGAUGAUGAUAAAAUAUAUUUCUUCUUUCGGGAAUCAUCGCAAGAAAGCAGUACUUCUGAUAAGACCAUUCUUUCUCGAGUUGGAAGAGUUUGUAAGAAUGAUGUAGGAGGACAACGCAGCUUGAUCAACAAAUGGACAACUUUUCUUAAGGCCAGAUUGGUUUGUUCCAUUCCUGGAAGUGAUGGGGCAGAUACUUAUUUUGAUGAGCUUCAAGAUAUUUAUUUACUCUCCACAAGAGAUGAAAGAAAUCCUGUAGUUUAUGGCGUCUUUACCACAACAAGCUCCAUCUUCAAAGGCUCUGCUGUUUGUGUAUAUAGCAUGGCUGACAUCAGAGCAGUUUUUAAUGGUCCAUAUGCUCAUAAGGAAAGUGCAGACCAUCGCUGGGUGCAGUAUGAUGGAAGAAUUCCAUAUCCCCGACCUGGCACAUGCCCAAGCAAAACCUAUGACCCACUCAUUAAAUCCACACGAGAUUUCCCAGAUGAUGUCAUCAGUUUCAUAAAGCGGCACCCUGUGAUGUACAAAGCAGUAUACCCAGUUGCAGGAGGACCAACUUUCAAGAGAAUCAAUGUGGAUUACAGACUGACACAGAUAGUGGUGGAUCAUGUUGUUGCGGAAGAUGGCCAAUAUGAUGUAAUGUUUCUUGGAACAGACAUUGGAACUGUCCUAAAAGUUGUCAGUAUUUCAAAGGAGAAGUGGAAUAUGGAAGAGGUGGUUCUGGAGGAGUUGCAGAUAUUCAAGCACCCAUCAAUCAUCUUGAGCAUGGAGUUGUCUUUGAAGCAGCAACAAUUGUACAUUGGUUCACAAGAUGGAUUGGUUCAGCUCUCCUUGCACAGAUGUGACACUUAUGGGAAAGCCUGUGCAGACUGCUGCCUUGCCAGAGACCCCUACUGUGCCUGGGAUGGAAAUGCAUGCUCUCGAUAUGCACCCACUUCAAAACGGCGAGCUAGACGUCAGGAUGUGAAGUAUGGGGAUCCAAUCACCCAGUGCUGGGACAUAGAAGACAGCAUUAGUCAUGAAACUGCUGAUGAAAAAGUGAUUUUUGGCAUUGAAUUUAAUUCAACCUUUCUGGAAUGUAUACCUAAAUCCCAACAAGCAUCUAUUAAGUGGUAUAUCCAGCGGACAGGAGAUGAACAUCGAGAGGAGUUGAAACCUGAUGAAAGGAUCAUCAAAACGGAAUACGGGCUACUGAUUCGAAGUUUGCAGAAGAAGGACUCUGGGAUGUAUUACUGCAAAGCACAGGAGCACACUUUCAUCCACACCAUAGUGAAGCUGACUCUGAAUGUCAUUGAGAAUGAACAGAUGGAAAAUACCCAGAGGGCAGAGCAUGAGGAGGGGCAGGUCAAGGAUCUAUUGGCUGAGUCACGGUUGAGAUACAAAGACUACAUCCAAAUCCUUAGCAGCCCAAACUUCAGCCUCGACCAGUACUGCGAACAGAUGUGGCACAGGGAGAAGCGGAGGCAGCGAAACAAGGGCAGCCCAAAGUGGAAGCACAUGCAGGAAAUGAAGAAGAAACGAAAUCGAAGACAUCACAGAGACCUGGAUGAGCUUCUUAGAGCUGUGGCUACGUAGUUUUCUGAUUUUUCUUAAUUUAAAAAAGAAUUGUUUACCUGCAAAAACACUGUCUUCUGUUUUGUACAUCCCUUCUACUAACUCAUAAAUGCUUUCCAUGAGUUUUGAUAUGACACAAGGACAGCAAUCUGUAUUCAGUAAGACUAUAUAUGGUAAAUAUGGUAAGGGCAAAUAAUUCAUCUGAACCAGUUUUCCAAGAACGAAGCUUGUAUCUGCAAAGUAUAAGAAAUACCCUGAAAAUAGGAGCUUUACAUUUGUAAAUGUUGUGUUUGAAUUUUUAAAUUCAUUGUCUUGUAAAUAAUUGCGCUAAACAGGCAUCAAAUUUGAUAUUGUAUUGAGGUGCUGUAUUUCCUUGCAUGUCCAUUAAGCAUGGAGGUUGCCAUGCAGUUGUGCUAUGUUCUUAUGAACAGAUAAAUCAUUCCACGCUAGACCUGGUUAUCUUGUGGAAGGAACUGAGAGGGAAGCCACAAAUUAAAAUAGCUCACAUUAUUAACAGGAACUUUUCCAGUGAGCCAUUCACUCUUGGAGUGUGGUGUGGGAAUUUGGAGAGGUGCGCUAUUUCUUUCAGGCCACAAGGGUUGCAUUUGGUGUAUUGCAACAUUGAUUUACUGAAGGGCAUUAAUACUCUUCCCAGGAAUCCUUAUGAUUUGUAAGGAGAAACAGGUUCACAGACAGCAAUUGGUGCUUAGUUAUGUAUUUCUAGAAUAUAUGCUAAGCUCUACAGGGACAGGAUGCUUAAUAUAUAUUUUAAUAAGAUAUGGGGAAUAUUUUAAUAAAAUAAGGGAAGCAUCAUGAUGUAUACUACACCCUACUGGGAAGACAUGCAGAUGGGAUUUGUUAGGAGACAGAAGGAAAGAUAGCCAUAAAUCCUAGCUUUAGGGAAAAAACUGAUAUCCCCACAAAAAGGAAGAACAAUCACAAAGUGGACAAAAUAUAACAGAACUCUUUUCACUGGAGUAUAAAUAGCUGCCAAUUUGUAAUUCAUCUGUUAAAAAAGUCUGGAUUAUAAAAAACUUCUAGCAAAAGUCUGAGGAAAAGUCGAAUUUCUAAAGGAUCAUGGGAAGGAUGAACAUUUUAUUUAUAACCAAUGUAUUUCAGUAUGUGUUUCUUCUCUUUUUUCAAAGUAUUUAUCAUGCUCUGUAUAUUAUUUUCAUAUACUUUCUUUAUUCUCUCCUGCAUAUUGGAUUAUUGGAUUAUAUUUGAGUGAAUAGGAAAGAACAAUAUAUAAUACAUUAAGAAAGAAUUAAGUAGAAGACCAUGGUGGGAGUGGGGAUAUAUAUUUGUUAAAUAACAGAACAAGUGCAAAAUUUUGACAACGGAAAGGGUUUAAAUUAACUCUUUGACACCUCUUUCUUUGCACAAACUUUUUGAAUUUCUAGCGAUAUGUUGUAAUUCAAGUAGCAUUGUUUUAGUAAUUUAAAAAUAAAUAAGCUUACAGCAUGUAAAGAAAAUAAACUCACAACAUUAACAUAAACACCUUUCAUAUUUUGUUAGCCUGUUCGAGUAUUUCCAGUUCAACUUUCCUUCUGAAUAUGUAUGGUGGUUUUCCUGUCUGUCUGAGCAGAACUCACCUUUCCUUCUUACAACACACAACCCUUAGCCUUCCUCUGUUUUGCCUUUUCACGCCCUUUAUAGUGUGAAAUGAAAAAUUAGUCACUUCCUCACAUGGAAGGCAGCUUUUCAGAAACGUAAAUAACAGACGUUGCUCGUUUCUCAUGCAUUCUACAUGUCUUGAAAGAAAAGUCUGUGAGAACCAGAGUGAUGAGAGGGCCACUUGUUUCUGAGCCUGUGACUGUCUCUGUGUUCGGAAUAUUAUCUGUGUCUUCCAUUUACUUCGUGUGCAUUGCUUACCUAUCUCAAAGUAGUCACACUGAUAUAUAACGUCAAGUACUCUCUUUUGGUAGUAUACUCAUGAAUAUUCCUAAGAGUUUCUGUAAGAAAAAGUUAAGGAAUAAUUUUAAUAAAAGUGAACCAGAAUGAAUUACUCUGAAAAAUUAAUGCAUAAGAAUAGUUGUGGCAGGGUCAGACUGCUAACUGAAUAUCAUACGCAAAUGUUUAUAACUAUCAACUUGCUGGGAUAAAAGUGUCCCAGGAAUUCAUAGCAAGCCCAAAGCAAGUAAGUGAGAACAAUGCUUUAUUUUUAAGAUUUCAAUAUUUGUGCAUCAGACAGCAAUAUGCAAAUGUGGAUGAUUUUGGAAAAAUUAUCUGAAGCUCAAAUGUAAUUAGUUAGGAUUGACUAGUGAAAAUUAAUUUUAUUUUCACCCAAAUUGUGAAUGUCCAGUUCUUAAUUCUUUCUAAUAUUAAUUACCAGACAAAAUUUUAGAAAGCUAUUUUAUGCCUUAUAUAUAAAAUUCUGACUGCUUUGGAUACAAAAUUAUUAAUUUAUGAUAAUUACAUAAAAUAUAUCUGAAACAUUAGUAUAGUAAAAUUUCAUUUAGAAAAACUGGGAACAAAGAUUUAUGUAUAUUUUUAAACACAGGGAUAUCUAAACAACAUUUAAUUUUUGAAAUGUUGAAUCCUAAAUACAAAACACUUAGAGAAACAGUGUGAAUAUAUUAAUUUUGCAAACCCAAUAUGUACAUCUUCACCACUCAAGAUUUUACCAAAUUUGUCUUGAUAUAAUAAAAAAGAAAAUUAUAGUUAAUCAUUCCAAAUUUUAUAAGAAAUCAGCUCUCUCUGGGUAGGGUCAUAAAAUGUCUACUUAUUCUUGAUUUCCUAUUUUUCUCCCUUGUCUUCAAUACAUAUGUCUUUGAAUUUUCUUCUGUGUUUUUUUUCCCUGUACUUUAUUCUACCUAUUUACUCUACUAAAUGGAAUCCUGUCUGCAAUCAUUUACAUUCAAUUUGUUGAGAAUAAAGAAUUCUGAUUUCAGAAUUUAUUGAGAAAUCAGUAGUCUAAAUAAUUAACAUAGAAUCCUUUUUCUUUUUCAAAAAACUCAAAACACUACAUUCAUACCACUGUAUAAACAUUUCAAAGACCAACCAAAUUACUGAAGAAAGGCAAAAUGGUCAUAGAAAAAAAUUUACAAAAGUCACAACUGUAGUAGAAGUGUAAUUCACAGUUUUAUCAUUUUGUUGUUUAGAAUAAUGCUCAUUAACAAUAUUCUGACUACAGAAUGGUCUUAUUUUGAAGUUUUCUUUGAUUCUAUUUUGUCUCUUCUUAUACUGCUUUUUUUUUAAUUCCUGCUGACUCAACUGAAAUAUACAUUAAGAGUCAGGGCAUGUUUUUUAACAUUAUCAAAAAUGAAUUUUCUAGAACAACUUGGUAUCACUCAAAUUUCUAUCAAAUAAUAAAAAUUAAAUAAGACCAUCCAUUAAACACUGAUUUUAUUAAGCUUAAACAUAAGAUAUUUUAUAUCUAUAGAUAUUAUAUAUUUGAGGAUCAAAACUGAAGUACCCUCUUUUAGAAUGCCACCUUUGUCUUAAAUAAUAUGCUUUAAUGAUUCACCUUAUUAAGAAUAGAUAGUUUAGGGAAAAGGAUGAGUGAAAUGCUUCUACAGAAAAGGUAUAUUUUUCUCAGAGUGAAUGAUCAAAGUAUUUAAAUAACUCAAAUUACAUGUGAGGUUAAAAUAAAUAAAAAUCUACAAUUCCCAGUUUCUAUACAUUAAAAGUGCAAAAAGAGGAGUAUGCACACGAUUUAUACCUCUCUUUAAGUAUUUGUAGUAUACAGUAUUUAUGAAAAGUUUGAGAUAGAUUUUUUUUUUUAAGAAAGGGCAAAUAUAUGUCAGAGGCCAUAGUUAAUCAUGUAAUUUAAUCCUGGUUUUGUGAGUGGUUAGCAAUCAAUUUUGAACUUACAGUUUUGCUAUUUUAAAAGAAAUGUAGUCUUGUACUAUAAAAUAAUUGAAAAUUGUUAAAUGUAUAUUUUGGUUGUAUUAUAAUAAAACAAACAUUAGUGUUCUAUGAUCAUAAACAGAGUAUUGGUUUGUGUGCAAUUUUUUUUAACUGA